CCGCACUCCCGCAUAACCAAGUGCGAUCACGGCACACACGGGUCUUUCUGGUUUCCGUCUGUUGUACCUAGUCAAUGCAGCUGCCCCAAAGCAGUAAACAAUUCAAUCCCUAUCCCCAUCCUUCAUCUUCCACUCACAUCAUCUCCAUCAUCCAUCGUUUCAUUGACCACUGAACUUGCUUCCAAUCCCACCUAUCCCCACAACCUCCACCAUGCCUACCGUUCUCCAGACAGCGGGCGACAUGGUCGACAAUAUAGGCAACAAGAUUCACUACACCACGAGAAGAGUGGGUGAUCAGAUCGAGACCACCACCAACCAGGUGCUGCCGCCCAAGCAGCGCGAGCACAUGCUCGAGAGGGCCCGAGAAUACGCUCGCCAGAACCCGAAAGCAGCCUUUCUAACUACCCAGACCGCAUUGACUGGUCUCCCACUCGUCCUCUUCCUCGCCUUCGCAGCAACCACCCUCCUCGUUUCCCUUUCAACCUGCCUCUUCCUUGGCAUCCUUGUCUCAAUCGCCAUUACCUUCUUCCUAGUCGGCUUCGCCCUCCUCUUUGUUGUCCCCACCGUCAUCAUCGCCAGCUGUUCGGCUACCAUCAUCUUCAUCUGGGGCUUCGUGGGCUACAUCAUCCUACGCAGGUUCAAUGAGGGUGAGGAGCCAGCUAAGCUUGGCACGCGCGUUGGUGACAAGUUGCACAAGUUGACAGGCGGUAGAUCGGGAUAUUUCCAAGGCGAUCAAACAUCUGAGGAGAGCAGUCGCGACCGAGACGUGGUGGGUGGUGGAAAAUCUACAAAGGGCCAUGAUGGUGGUGCUGGGCACGCAUAUGGUGGUGUAUCGUCGAGUGCGCGCGACGGCGGGCCUGUAAAUGGCGUAAAUGGCACGCAGGGUACUGUUGAGUGGGAGAGGAAAUGGGAUGGUGUCAAGUCUGAGCCUGUUGUCUUGGAUACGGAGAACGUCUUUGAGGCUCUGAAAGCGGAGACUCCAGUCGCCUAGAAGCGUGCCUGGAACAAAAGGUCCUGAAGUAUUACUAUUCCUAUAGCACCUCUCUCUGCUAUUGCACUCCUCUAUCAUGAAUGAUUUCAGCUUACUACGAAAUUGGAAUUGAACGUCAUGCGUGCAUGCUGCCGUAUUUUGGUGUUUCCUCACAGUAUGUUCUCCACAGUCUAAAUCACGUGCUUCUUUGCUCUCCUCUAAACACCUAUAUAAAGCUUCUCUUGUAGCUGCUUCUCUAUCCCUCUAUCGACCUCAGUACCUUUCUAUUCCCCAAAAUACCCCCUUCAACAAACCAUGUUCUGCGGCGGAGCUUUCCAAAAAUCUACACCAUGGUUUACAGGGACCUUUUGUUCAAAACCACUCGACGACAUAUAACCUGCACACCAUUU